AUGUCACGAAUAAGAGAAACAAAAUUAAUUCUAUCAAAGAUUAAAUUUAAUUUAAAUGAAUUGAAUGAUUUAAUUGAUGAAAGAUUAAAUAUAUUAGAUUUAAAUUUGCAACCUUCAAAAAAUGAUGAUUUUGAAUUAAUAAAUAAUUUACAAAACAUUGUGAAAAAUUUUAAAUUAAUUGAAGAAAUUAAUAUUAAUAAUGAUGUUGAUAAUUUAUUAUUAUCUCAAUUUAAAUCAUAUAUAAAUCAAUACAAUUCAUUAUAUAAUAAAUUAAUUAAUGAUUCAACUAUAGAAAUAUCUGAGUACCAAUUUGAGUAUAAAGAAAAAUCAGUAAUGAAAAAGGAUGAAAUUUUAAUUAAAUCAGUUAGAUUUAAAGAUAACCCCGACAAAGAAGAUGAUGAUGAUGAGGAGGAGGAGGUGGAGGUGGUAAAUAAUAAUAAUAUUGAUAAUACGAAUGCAAGUCAAUUAAUGGGAACUAAUAUAAAUAAUAUAAAUACUUUUAAACCUUAUAAAGAUGAACCAGAAGAUGAAGUAGAAUCUAGAAAUAAUCAUCAAUUAUUUGCACAACAUCAACAAACUAUGAUGAACCAAGAUGAAGAUUUAAAUUUAUUACAUCAAUCUAUAAAUAGACAACAUUUAAUGUCACAAGAUAUAAAUUCAGAAAUAGAUGAUCAUUUAAUUAUAUUAAAUGAUUUAGAAAGUGGUAUUGAAAAUUCACAAUCAAAUUUACAACUUGCAAAUAAAAGGUUAAAUAAAUUUAGACAAAUAACUAAAGAAAAUGGUAGUUUAAUUACAAUAAUAAUAUUAACUAUAAUAUUAAUACUUUUAUUAAUUGUACUCAAUUAA